GAAAAAGAGCGUGAAAGGCUCCACACGGCAGAUUAUAAAUCUGUAUGUUAACAGGACUAAAUCUGGAGGUCUUGAAGCAGCUUUACUGGUGGGGGGUGGCCAUAAAGCAUCAAGAGGUGGUCUUUCCUGUUAACUGAGGAUCUGUGCAAAUAAGGAAGUGGGACCCGUGGAAGCUGUGAACGCCGGUUGUCAAGCACAGUGGUAGGUUGGUCGGAGGUCUCUGACCCUCUCAUUUUCGUGUCUGGAAGAAAAGAGGACGGCAGAAGAGACACGAGACAAAAGACAGCAAGGGACUAGUGAGCCAUUUCUCUCUUUAUUACUUCCAUUCACAAAACCAUCGCAUACCAUUAUCACAGCGAUGUAGAGGCAUUCUCUCCGAUUGGAGGAGGAAGGGUCCCAUUGACUGCUCAGGCUUAGCACCUCUCUCCAAACGCUAGCCCUUUUCAUUGCAGUCUCCGCCUCAUCUCUCGCCUCUUUCCUUGCGUCUGCUGUUUGCUCUGUCCGUCCCUCCUUUCUUGUCCCUUUUUCACACCACUCAGGAAUCAGGAAGCAUUGCAUUUUGUUAGAAGUGGGUGUUUCUGGAGCUGUCAUUGUGGUUGGUGCCACUACAAAGGAUAGCUGUGCAAAGAGUGAGAGAGACAGCUUUGGAGAUAAAAAAGCAGCCUGAAAGACAAGGGGGGACCUUGGACUACAGGACCAGCUGACAACCACUGGAAGGUGAACUGUGAUGAAAAGAAAAGUAUUACAGAGACUGACAACCUUUUUAAGGUAGCUAUUCACUGAGACCUUUACCACGACUUGAGGGAAUAAAGAAGCAGUGUGCCAAACAAGCGCUGCCAGCUGGAUCCUGCUUUUGCUGUUGCUAAGCAAAGUCACUAACCUGAAGUUCUUGGAGAGACAGUGUUGAGCAUUACUUCACAACCAUGAAAGGAAGCUCAGAGGAAAGCAUUGAAAGCGUCAGGCCUUCCAACCUGCAAGCUUUUGCAAACAUAUCAACCCUACAUGGCAUGAGUCACAUAUUUGCCUAUGGGCAUAUGACAUUCCGCCGGUUCCUUUGGACUCUUUCAUUUCUGGGUUCUCUAUGCCUAUUGAUGAUUGUCUGCUUGGAUCGAGUGUCCUAUUACCUUGAGUAUCCUCAUGUCACCAAGCUGGACGAGGUGGCUGCAGCAAACCUCACCUUUCCAGCAAUUACCUUCUGUAACCUUAAUGAGUUCCGCUUCUCCAAAAUCACCAGAAAUGACCUCUAUCAUGUGGGGGAGCUCCUGGCCCUCCUCAACAGUAACUACCAAAUAGCCAACCCGCACUUGGCUGAGCCUGAGGUUCUGGCUGCCCUAAAGGAUAAAGCAAACUUUCAGAACUUCAAACCAAAACUGUUCAACAUGACUGAUUUCUAUAACCGUACAGGUCAUGACAUCAGUGAGAUGCUACUGCAGUGCACCUUCCGAGGAGAGGAAUGCUACCCAGUAAAUUUCUCCACAAUAUACACACGCUACGGAAAAUGCUACACUUUCAACUCCGGAUUAGAUGGCAACCCUUUGUUGACAACGUUGAAAGGUGGCACAGGGAACGGCUUGGAGAUCAUGCUGGAUAUUCAACAGGAUGAAUACCUCCCUGUGUGGGGAGAGACAGAUGAGACCUCCUACGAAGCAGGCAUCAAGGUUCAGAUCCACAGCCAGAGUGAGCCGCCCUUCAUUGACCAACUGGGAUUUGGUGUCGCCCCUGGUUUUCAAACUUUUGUGUCAUGUCAGCAGCAACUGGUACCUAACGUUCAGCCUCCUCCCGUGCAACCCCCUCGCCUUUUGUUUUGCUCUGCUUCAUUAUGUGUUUGUCCUCAAACCCUCUCUGGCUAAAGCCCAUUACACCUGUGUGACAGAGCAUGGGGCAAAAUCUGCUCUGUGAUUAAUCUUGUGUGGGAAAUGUGCAGUUAAAACGUGUUAAAUAAAUAAACAUCCAAUGAAUCUGGGUACAAUAAAUGAAACGGAUGAAUUAUAGCAGCCAAGGUUCGUUGAUAGACCAGGGCCAAGUAAUGAUUGGAUGCAAGCGAACAAGCAUACUGUCCUGAUCCAUGCCAAAUAACCCCAGACUCUAUAGCAG